CCAAUCGCCGGCCGAGUCGAUAACUGGCCAGGGCAGUGAAUCAAUAAAUGGGCAGAAAUGAGGGCGUCGAUGUUAUGAACAAGUAUGUGAGUGAGAACUGCCGGCCACACUUCGGGCCUCGGACAAGCCUCCUUUGCGAACAAAAAGAAGGGGGUGGAGGAUAAUCAAUAUCCAUGCAUUCCGCGCCGCGGGGCGGGCCUGUUUCAACAAUCGGCCGCAGCCCUACCUGGUUGAUCGACGGCAUUGAUGGCAUUUGAUCGUAAGCUUUCCCCAACAAGCGACCCACACCCCUCGACACCCUCGCGGCGAUGGUAAAGUUGAUGUUCCAUCCACCGGAUUGACCUGAAGCAAACGAACGAACCAUGGGUGUUUCCGCAGAUCCUGGAACGCUACCUACGGAGUGCAACCUCGGUCAGGCGCCCGCGGCAAGCUGUCGGCGAAAAAGAAGGGGAAAAAAGGGGACAAGAAUUGCAGUGAAUGGCAACAAAUUGCAUGUUUGGAAACUCCGGUGUCCCCACAGACAGUGGUCUUCGAGAAGGCCGAACGAAAUCGGAGACAGAACCUUUUUUUCCCUGGCGCUGGACGAAGGACAAGUUUCAAUCGUACCACAAGAUGACGGAUUGCAGGACACGGUCUCCUCAGGAGCUGCUGGCAGGGGGAAUCAAGGGACGUGGUUCCGAAUUUGGCGAGGCGGCUCAAAGGGUUCAACGUCUCCCCGGAGCGGCAUGUGGAAGAUAAGGGGGCCGAACCCCUGGAAACUGUUGAACAUGCAUCCGACGACGCUUCCUCAUAUCGUCCCGCGUCCUCCCAGGAGAUGGCCAGGACACGGCUUCAGCAAACGAUUUUGAAUUGUAUAAGGGCAAAGCAGCACAAAAGUCCCAGCGUUUCCCUCUCACACGCUCACACGGUCCUCUUUUGCCACGGUAGUAU